AUGCAGAAAUCACCGUCGUCAUCGAACGAGAUGAUUCCGCUAUGGGGAAUCAUUGUAUCUCUGAUCUUUCUCAACUUCGAGAUCAUACUGCAUGAUUUCUAUUCGUGCAUUUGUUUCAUCAUCGGUAUAUUCAAACUUAUCCUAGUAAUCAUUUCUUGCACCCGCGUCUCUCCCUCUGCAACAACAAAGAAAAUCUGCACAAACAGCGAGAGAACUUCUAAUGCACCCGCGGCAGACCAAACGACAAGCGACCAUCAUAUAAACCUGUCGUUUUCGGAAUUAAAAACGGUGAUCGAGAACGAGGGGAUAGCUCCAAUAGAUUGGCUGUUCGAGGAAGAAGAACCGAGUUUGACGGAAGUGAAAGAAGCUUUCGAUGUGUUCGACGAAAACAAGAAUGGAUUCAUCGAUGCAAAGGAGUUGAGGAAUGCUUUGUUUUCGUUGGGGUUCAUCAAGGAGGCUUCGGAAGAUGACUGUAAAAGGAUGAUUAAAGGUUCAGUUCUAUCAGAAGAAAGGUCAAACAGGAAAUGUUCGGAUUCGGGUGCGUAUCUGUGA